AGGGCGGAGCUGAGCGAGUCUGGAGGCCGCGCGCGGGGCGUGAGUUGAGUGGCAGCCCCGCUCCGAGAACAAGGCGGCGUGGACACGGCCACUUGUUCGCUGCGGGGAGACAGGCUCGGGUUUGCAGCCGUGGCGUCCCUUGAAUCAUGGCCCAGGAAAAAGGUGACGAUGAACCAGCAAAACUUGCAGAACACAUUAAGGAAUUAUGGACUAAGUUCAAAAUCACUUGUAGCAAUGAGAAGAUUGACCAGACGCUGACGCGGAGUGAUUUAUGCAUGGAGUCUUUAUGUAAACUUUCAGAUAAAUGGUCAGAGAGAUUAAUAGACGGGGACAAGAUGAUCAUUAAAUUUCAUGAGUAUACAGAUGAAGCUUAUCAGAAGAACAAAUCCAUGGAGGAAAAACAGGCGAAAUUAUCUGAAGUUCUUGUUGACCUUAAGGAUGGCAAAAAGGAAGAGGCAGACUUGCUGGCUGCUAUUCAAGAGCUCAGAGAAGAAUUGAUCAGAAAAAGUAAAAUUAAAAGCAAGCCCACAGAAGAAAUCAUGGAAAGACUUCAUAAGUCCGAAAAACUAUUUAAAGAGCGGCUUGGGUUAGAAAUACGCAAAACUGGUGCAAAUCAUUUGCAGUUUAUAUUCCGUUGUAUUGACCACAAAGAUCUUGAGAAACCAUACAUACUUACCCUUACCAUAAAUGAAGAGGGAGCUUAUGAAGUGGUUUCUUGUUUUCCUCCUCUGGACUGUAUAGAAGAACUGCAGCAAAAAGUGAGGGAAACCAACAAUUUUUCUGCAUUUAUUGCUAACAUCAGGAAAGCCUUCAUCGCUUUGACUUACAAAUGA